GCAAAAACGAGGAACAUAAUAUAUGGCCAAAGAUGUACUAGGGACGAAUAUGAGUGUCACACCCAGUGAAUCGUAGCAUCAUUAGCUGGUUAGGCAUAGCCACUGAUGGCUACAAACAAACCGUUCUGGCACCGUGAAAAUGGGCCAGAAACGGAAGACGAAGUCUCCAGAACCAAGAUCUACUCGCUUGAAAAGACUUAAAAGGGUUGUCAGGUCGAGGUCGCCGGCCAGAAAGAGAUUGCGGCUCAGUCCCGGGAAGAAGCUUGCCGUCACUCCGCAGAAACAGAAGUUGAGGAAGAAUGCGAAACUGCUUCAGUCACCCAGAAGACAAUCCCCCAGAUUGAAAUGUCAAGACAAUACAUCUAAUUCGGACCACAGUGGGUCAGAGAACCAGUCCUCCAGCCUGCUGUCAUCUUCCCUUCAGUCAGAGGAGGACACAGAGCCAGGAUUGGUUAUCACUCUGGAUGAGGAGCUUUGCAAGAUUCAGAAACAAACGAGGAGGAAAAAUGGCCGGAGAGCAAAGACAACCUGCACAGACAGUGAAAGGGAGGAGAAGGAGGAGAAGAAGAAGAAGGAAGAUGAGCUGGAGAAGGACUGUAAGUCCACCACAGAAGACGAAGGUGGUGACGACCUGUCAGAAGAUGACUGUGGGAAGCUGGACAGAGACCUGGAGAGGAAGUCGCGUCAGCAUAACUUGACUGCUGUCAACGUCAGGGACAUUCUUCAUGAAGUUAUCACUAACGAGCAUGUUGUGGCAAUGAUGAAAACUGCCAUCAUAGAGACACAAGACAUGCCGUUGUUUGAGCCCAAGAUGACGAGAUCUAAGCUCAAAGAAGUCGUUGAGAAAGGAGAGGGAAUUCCUAUCUGGACCAAAACACCUAAAGAAGUCAAGCCUCCACAAUUUGUUGACAUCCCCCUGGAGGAAGAUGAAGACACCUCUGAUGAAGAGUACUGUCCAGACGAGGAUGAGGAGGACGAAACAGCAGAAGAUACUUUUCAGGAGAGUGAUGUGGACAGCACAGCCUCGUCACCCCGGGUUAGCCGAGUAGGGCGACCCAGAACCCCCGGGGGACAUUCUAAGAGUGGUGAUGAGCAGUGCCUCAGCCCUAAACCGAAGCCAAAGGCCUCCAGACACCUGCGAGUGGCAGCUGUGCCCAUGGGCCCCCCUCCUCCUCCGCAGUCCUGCAGCUCUCCGCGCUCCACAGGGCCUCCAGACUGCACCUUCAUGGAGAAGCUCUGUGCUGUGGAUGAGGAGCUGGCUUUCAGUCCCAUCUGCUUGGAGCCUUAUCAGGCCUUGAGUAAUGCCAGCGGGGCUGAUUGUGCCAAUGACAGCUUGGUGGCGUGCCGGACCCGCUCCAAGCGGCCACUCCGAGACGUCCCGCUGGGCAUGCUGGAGGCAGAGCUCCACGCCCCCGACAUCACGCCGGACAUGUACGACUGCGUCCUGGCUCUGGAGGACCGCGACUGGAGCGAGUGGCUGCAGGGCCUCAUGGCCUCAGACAUCGGCAUUGAAGAGGAGGGUGACGAUGAGGAUGACCCUGAGUAUAACUUCCUAGACGACCUGGAUGAGCCCGACCAGGAGGACUACCGUACUGACCGGGCUGUCCGUAUAACCAAAAGGGAAGUGAAUGAGCUGAUGGAGGAGUUGUUUGAGACGUUCCAGGAUGAGCUGGGUUGCCGUGAACAGGAUGGGGAAGGGCAUGAGGAGGAUGAGGAGAGGGACGAAGAGCCACCACCUCCCACUGCCCCCAACUUCAACGUUCCUCAAGCCAUAAGGUUCGAGGAGCCUCUGGCCAAGAUCCUCACAGCUUGCCGGCGCACAGUCAUGGGUCAGCAGGACUCGCCGCCUCAGUGCAGAGAGAGUCAGCCCAGGAUAUCCCAGAGUGCACCUGUGCCGCAAGUGGUCCUGAUCCCCCCACCGUGCACUCUGGUGCUCUCGUCGGCACAGAAGCUGCGGCUACAACAGCAGGUUCAGCAGCACAUCCAGCUGCUCACACAAGUAAACAUGCUAAGCGCCCCAGUGAAAGCUCUACACAAUGAAGCAGUCACCACCAAGAUGUACCUGUCGGAGCUGCAGUCGUUUGCUGAGCGCGGAGAGCAGAUGCAGGCAGCGCUGCAGCCGGGCUUUGUGAGUGCAUUCCGGGCCUGCAACCUGCAGCCCUCCCAGGACCUGCUGGAGGAGCUGAAGAACACGCCCUCCAUCCUCCAGCCUCCCGCCAAACCCCUGCGCUCUCACUCAGCGGUGCUUCCUCCAAAGCUGGCCUGGCUGCUGGCCACGCGGCCGGUGUUCAUGUACCCCGAGCUGCUGCCCCACUGCAGCCUGGAUCCUGCGCUCCACACUGCCCCCUGCAGGGUCACCUUCACCAAGGGAGAGGACAGUCUAAUUGUUCUGGGCCUGAAGCACUUCAAAGCCACAGAAGUGCCUUACCAGUUGAUCUGCCGCUACUUGCUCAGAAACAAGAAAACCGAGAACCUGCAGACUCAUAUUCAGGACUUGUGUGUCCCACGUGCUAUGGACAAUGUCAUCAAGGACUACUUCAGGCAUAAUGUGGUGCCCCCGUUGCAACUGCCUUGUCGUCCGGUGAUACCUGGUGAAGAGCGCCCCCCGGUGGAGAGAGAGGAGGCUCUUUUGCCUCAUUGGCUCAAGAAAAGCUUGCCACAUCUCCACAGGGCUGUCUUAGAGUACAACAAACUGUUGGAGCCAACCCCUGGAAAGACCCGAUUAUCCCCUCCGUACAUCUUCCCUGAAGGCAUACGCUACCCUCGCACCAUACCAGAAAAUCUUACCCUACACAUGCAUCCCUCAGGGAAACAUCGUGCUGCAAACUCCAAAUCCAAGGCACGACCUUUCCGUGCAUUUUCGUGUUCUUCCUUGGCACCCCUGGCUAAAGCUCCUACCCGUGCCACUGGCAUAUCCAGCCUGGCAAGAAUCCAAGGGCAGCCCUCGUCACAAGGCCUCAUUUUAUUAGCCAGUGCCCCUUACACUCCCAUUCAAGGGGCCCUCCCACUGGCAACGGCGAUGUUGACUCCAGCCCAUGGUACUGUACCAGUGAACUCGCAUGCUCCUGUGAGUUUGCAACCUUUCACUCGGCGGAUCGUCCAGGCAUCUGGCUGCAUGGGGCCAGGUAAUGCACACAUUGGCUUUUCACCUGGCAUCAUCCAGGUCCCCAACACAACGUCCCUGGCUGCACCUGUCUUUGGCCAGAGCGUGCUUACACCAUGUAUGGCACAGCCAAGCCAGAAGCCCAUGAAACAUAAUCCCCCAAAGCAAACACUCCCUCGAAAAUUGCUACCUGCACCCCUCAAGCAAGCCCCUCAGCUGCCUCAGCUGCUGUCCAUCACCGCUGAACACGGAGUUACGGUUCUAAGUGUUAAGAGCGUGGACGCGGAGGCUGCUCCACUUACUGGAGAGGAGAGGGUUAACGGAGGCCUGGACGUCGUUCAUAACCCUUCGGCUGCUAUGCCGGUAACAACCAUUUCUUUACAAGAUCCCGACGGCAUCAGCCUUGGCUCAAGCACAGAAGUAGUCAUUGAGACCACUGCCUCCCUACCGGGCAGUGAAUCCGCAAGUGACCAACCAGAAGACCUGGCAACAGCAUUGCUGCCCAUCCUGUCUACUUUGGAUCCCUCCCAGAUAGCGCCACCCACGCCCCCAAAUAGUGGCACCCAGCUGAAGACCGGUCAAAUGUUCUUGUCUCGCCCUUCUUCUCCUCUCGUGGCAUCCACCAGUGGCAAGGCGAGCCCCGACGUCCCCGAAGCAGACGGCCGAGAACUAAUCAGGAGCAGCACUGGUGGGUCAAUAGGGGAGUUUGUAUGUAGCCCUGCUGCUGCCCAGAGUCCUCCAGGUGGUUCAUCGCAAAACAUUGAGUGCUCUGGUCAUCAGGGCUCAAAUACUGAUGCCGCCAGUUUUGCAACGCAUGAGCCCCAAGUCCACAGUAACACAACUGUAAUGGCCUCCACGAUGAGCGUUGACUGUGGUAAUUGUUUGAAUAGUGUAUCACAGCAGGGAUCCCAGUUGGUUUUGGUCAAGACUACGUCUGGCAGUGCACCCAAGUUCUUCCUGGUUCCUCAGAACUGCUUGUUGGCAAAUGGACCAACUGUUCUACAAUCAAUUGGAAAUUGUGCGUCUCUUACCAAAGAAGUUCCAAACAUGCCUCCUCCACCAAAGACCCCAGAACCCCAAACUAAUAGUGAUAAUCACUGUGGAAAAGAUGUCCAAUCUCCAAAAAAGGUUCCAUCUGCAAAUGCCUCUCUGCAGGAAGUCUGUGAAGGAAUGGUUAAACUUAUUGAGGGGAUUAAGGAUUGGGAGGAAGAGCAGCCGCCGGCCGAAGAAGAGACGGAAGAAACUGAAAGCGGUCAGUGGGAAGAUGAUGAGGAGGAGGACGGUGGAGCACGUAUAGGGAACCCUCUCCUGACACUUUCAGAGUCCUCCGCUAGUCCAGCGUGGAGCUUGGACAGCCAUUCUGAUGGCAUGGAAAGGAUGGAGGAGAGUGAAGAAGAGAGUGGCGAGUCGGGAUCGCCCGUGGCUGACCACAGACAAGAGAGGCUCGGCCGUCCAGAGCUACUCACCUUGACUUCAGGAGCCGAGGACAAACCUUUAGGGGAAAGCAAUGGAAAUGGUGGCGGAGGAGAAAAUGGAGGUGGAGAAGAAGAAGAACAACAACAGAACGGUCAAGGAGGUGGUGGAGGAGAAGGAGGAGAGAAAGAUGGAAAUGAGGAUGCAGAACAGAAUGGCGGGAAAAGGAGUGAAGAGGGAGAUCAGGACGGCGGUGGAGAUAAGAGUGGAGAAGGGGGCGACGGAGAUGGAGAUGGAGACAGGGAUCGAACAGGAGAGGAGGAUGAAGAGGAGGACUUUGAUGACCUCACUCAGGACGAAGACGAAGAGGAAGUGAUGUCGUCAGCCUCGGAAGAAUCGGUUCUCUCCAUUCCAGAACUUCAGGAAACCAUGGAGAAACUGACGUGGCUUGCGUCGGAGAGAAGACUCUGUGGCGAAGGUGAUUCGGAGGAGGACAACUCUCCAACCUCGCCCGCCUCGCCCAACUCCCCAGUGUCCCAGAACUCCCAGGAGGAUAACUCCGAGGAAGAGGAGGAGGGAGCUGUGAAGGGAGAGGAGAUGGAACUUGGGGACGGCGGCGCAAGCAAGCUCCCCGAAGGAGACGCUCCCCAGGAGGAGGACGGCCCACCGCAGACCAGUGGGAAAGGAGCAGGACGGGGAAGAGGCCGUGGCCGGCCUCCGCCGCGGAGUCUGAAGCGCAGCCGUCGCCAGGAGAGGUGCAGCAAGGACACGGCCAAGCUGCUGCUGCUCUAUGACAACCGCAUCCUUGACAACGAUCCCAUGAGGGAGAGCAAGGAUUAUGCCUUUGCUCAGGCCUAUCUUAACAGGGUGCGUGAGACCCUGCAGGACGUGCCAGGGAAGGUGGAGGAGUUCCUGGGCCUGCUCUAUGAGUUUGAGCAGAGAACCAAGACGGGCGAGACCCGCAGUGCCGUCGAGCUCUUCUCCCAGCUCAAGCUUGUGCUCCGUGAAUGGCCAGACCUCCUGAAGGACUUUGCUGCGUUCCUGCUGCCAGAGCAGGCUCUCGAGUGUGGGCUGUUUACGGAACAGCAGGCAUUUGAGCGUAGCAGGCGUUUCCUAAGGCAGUUGGAGAUCAGCUUUGGAGAGAAUCCCUCCCACUAUCAGAAGAUUGUGCGUGCGCUGCAGAGUGUGCCAGGCCUUAGUCCCGCAGCUGUAGACGAGGUUAAGCAACAGAUGGCCACACUGCUGAAGGGCCACACUCAUCUGCAGGGAGAAUUGUGCUUAUUUUUUGACAAGCACCGCCCACCCCCAGCCCGCCCAGGACAGUUUGAGGAAGCUAAUUGGCCAGAGGACGAUGGAGGGGAGGGCAUCGGCCAGGGCUCGGGGGGCGUGGCCAUUAGCGGGUUUGAGGAAGUAACUCUUCCUGAUCUAGAGGAGGAGGAUGAGGUACACAAAAUCGCACCAAUGACGGCCCGAAGCAGAAGGAGGAAGGAGCUGGGAAGGCAUGAGAAUUACAAGGCUUGUGAUUGGCCAGAGAAAGACUGUCCCUGUUCCUGUCAUGACACAGUCCAUGACCCUAAACUCCGGAAACACAGGAGAAAAGGCUGUUCUCACUGCCACAGCAGCAAGGCCUCUGACGUGUCCAAGGUGAAGAGCCCAGACCCGUCAGUCACAAGCCCCACUACCGGGACUCCCUCCGACAGAGGCGGAGAAGAAACAGAGGAGGGGAAGGAUGUGGACACGGACAUCAAAGAUGAAAUAGGAAGUGGUGCUAGCAGCCCCCGCCAUGAUCAAGGUUGUCUGACAUGGGAUGGCAGUGAGGGGGACCUUCAUCCCAGCAGAGAGGGCAGAGAUGAGGAUGAGGAGGAUGAAGACGAGGAGGAAGAAUGGAGGGAAGGUGAUGAAGAGCAUGGCCUCACCCCCAGGAAGCGCAUUAGGACUGAGGAAAGCUUGACAGCGGAGGACAAAUCUCCUCCACCUCCUCCCCCCUCCGGAGAGAGAGACUCACCCCAGCAACCACGCCCCAGCCCAACGUCAGACAACCCUGUCUGUGCCAAAAACAUCUCCCUCACCCCCACUGGAGAAAAGGUCAUCCUUUGGACCAGGGAAGCAGACCGGGUGAUUCUUACCACCUGUCAACAGCAAGGAGCCAGUCAGAGCACCUUUCAGGCCAUCUCUGCUGAGCUCGGCAACAAGACUGCUAGCGAGGUGUCGCGGAGGUUCAGGGACCUGAUGCGUUUGUUCCACACCUCGGCUCGUCAGGCCAGCUCUGAGGAUGAGGCCAGCAACACCGAACACCACUCAGAAGAGGAGCAGGAUUGACUAGCACCGUCUGAACCCAUAUCCUCAGCACUGCUGAACUUGAACUUGUGAGGAGCAGUGCAGUAGCACUGUCCUCAUAACACCUUUGUGGUGUUAUGGAGAUGGGGGUGGGGGGUCAUCUCCUGACUGGUUUACAUGAAGAUACUAGAAACUGUUUAUCCAAAGCAGUAUUAGGCAAAGCAGAGCCCCACCAUCUUCACCUCAUCAUGCCAAUCUCUUAUCAACAUUUCCCAUUUAAAAAAAAAAAAUUAUUAUCUGCCCUCCCCUUUGAUGUGUAUAGAAAUUGAAGUGCAUAGGGAGAGGUUAAAGGCAACCAUUGCUGCCUUCUUUGAGAUGUAGUUCACUUAAAGCAACAUCUUGCUUCUGGCAAGGAUGGUACAAUAUUCAAUAUAUUGUGAAUGAGGUGCACAGAUGUAUAUGUCUUUUGAAAUGGCCUGUUUGAAUGCUAUUUGCUUUGCACCUCCAUGUCAGUGUCCAUGGUCUUAUCUUGCUUACUCUAGUCUACACACAACCAGUUAUAUGCUGUAAAAUAUAUUUUAACCCAUCACUCCGCAUCUAUCAGAGCCAGACAGUGCAUUGAAUUAAUGUUACUCAUUCAGGCCAUUGGACACAAGCCUUUUGCACCCAUAUUCAUUGUUGAGACUUUGAAGUGGUCACAUUCGUGCUUCAGUGUGAAACACCAGCCAAGUUGUCUAUAAGCAAAAUCAACUUUUUCUUUGCUUCUUUUGUACUGAUGUAAAUUAUGUAAAUAAUGGCUGGAUCUGGCAAUGUACAGUAUUUUUUAAUACGGUCAUUUUUAUUGUUAUCAUUUCGUUGUGCUAGUUAUUGUGUUAAAUUGAGGGCAAAUGUUAAUGAGUGGACUUUGAGUGGAAUAAAAUGCUGCUGUAUUUGUAUAAA